AUGUCCAAGGUCCUCCUCAUAGCCGACAUGCAAGAGGGUCUCUUCAGCCUCGCGCGGGACUUCGACCACUCUACCUACCGCACCGCCAUGUUCGCGCACGCAUCCCCGGGCCAGGCCUUCCGUCUCCCCGUCAUCAUGACGACCUCAUUUGUCGCCACGUACCCCGAUGCGCCGCUCAUCAGGCGCGAGGGCGAGGUGGGUGCGUGGGAUAACGAGGAGUUUCCGGACGCGGUGGUGAAGGCGAAUAGGUCGCAGGUUAUUUUGGCGAGGAUUACCUACGACGGAUGCACGACCUUCCUCGCCCUCUCCCUGCGCGCCGCAGGCUACAGCGUGUGGGCGAACCACGAGGCGUCGGGCACGACGACGCAGUACCUCCGGGACAUGGCGAACGAGCGCAUGCGGGCCGCCGGGGUCCAGGUGGUGUCGUAUUUCGCGAUCGAGCUGUUCCCGGUCUUGGAUGAGUAUCUGCCCAUUUACGGUAUGGUGGCGAGGGGACACCGGGCUGCGGUACGGAAUGGGACGGUGCUGCCAGGGGAGGAUGUCUUGCCUUGA